AAGGCGGGGUCGAGGGGAAAGAAAGAAAGGAGGGUGAGGACCCGGAUGCUGAACCGGAUUGUGUAUGAAUUUUCCAUCCUCGCUGGAGAAGGGGAGGAGCGGUGGGUGACACAGUAGGGCGGAAGGGUGCAUCCGAACCGAGAGGAAGCAGGAACCUCACCGGCCCUGCGGGCUCCGACUAGCAGAGGAGCGCCGGGAAGCGCUUUGGCCAAGUCUCUGCUAAAAAUCUGCCUCGAAGUUAUUUAAAUCCGCUGCCUGUAGCUCGGGCAGUUUUGUUCAGGUCUGUCACCUCCCGGGGUUUGAGUGGAAGGAUCCGUUCUGCGUUUCCAGCUACACUGAUACUCGUCUGGCACCACUUAGCAAUUUUGAAAUCAGAUCAUUCCCUUUAAAAAAACAAAAAGCAACUUGCACGGUAUUCUGACUUUUUAUACUGCAAGUGUAUGCCCUGAUUUCAUCCUCCAGCGCGUUAGAACCAUGAGGUUCAUUCAGUCCUUCCCGUGCUUACUGGGCGCCUGCCGUCUGGAAAACGAUCAGCUUUGAAGUUUAAAAACAAUGGAGAAGACUCAAGAAACAGUCCAAAGAAUUCUUCUAGAACCCUAUAAGUAUUUACUUCAGUUACCAGGUAAACAAGUGAGAACCAAACUUUCACAGGCAUUUAAUCAUUGGCUAAAAGUUCCAGAAGACAAACUACAGAUUAUCAUUGAAGUGACAGAAAUGUUGCAUAAUGCCAGUUUGCUCAUUGAUGAUAUUGAAGACAACUCAAAACUCCGACGUGGCUUUCCAGUGGCACACAGCAUCUAUGGAAUUCCAUCUGUCAUCAAUUCUGCCAAUUAUGUGUAUUUCCUUGGCCUCGAGAAAGUCUUAACCCUUAAUCACCCAGAUGCAGUGAAGCUUUUUACCCACCAGCUUUUGGAACUCCAUCAGGGACAAGGUCUAGAUAUUUAUUGGAGGGAUAAUUACACUUGUCCCACUGAAGAAGAAUAUAAAGCAAUGGUGCUGCAGAAGACAGGUGGACUCUUCGGAUUAGCAGUAGGUCUCAUGCAGUUGUUCUCUGACUACAAAGAAGAUCUAAAGCCACUGCUUAAUACACUGGGGCUCUUUUUCCAAAUUAGGGAUGAUUAUGCUAAUUUACACUCCAAAGAGUAUAGUGAAAACAAAAGCUUUUGUGAAGAUCUAACAGAGGGAAAGUUCUCCUUUCCUACUAUUCAUGCUAUUUGGUCGAGGCCUGAAAGCACGCAGGUGCAGAAUAUCUUGCGUCAGAGAACCGAGAAUGUAGAUAUUAAAAAAUACUGUGUACAUUAUCUCGAGGAUGUAGGUUCUUUUGAAUACACUCGGAGUACUCUUAAAGAGCUUGAAUCUAAAGCCUAUAAACAAAUCGAUGCACGUGGUGGGAACCCUGAGCUCGUAGCCCUAAUUAAGCACUUAAGCAAAAUGUUCAAAGAAGAGAAUGAAUAAUAUUAAGCCAUUUCCAGUUAGACCUGGUAGCUUAUUGCAGUUGACUAUUUUUUUGUCUUUUAGCCUAUCACUUUUAAAAAUUUGGACCGAGCUGUCACUCUCCACAAACAGAGUGAAUAGGGGUGAUGUGAAUGAGGUGGUUUCGAUUUAGAACCCCUUUGUACAGAUAAUCAUCAUAGUACAAAGUUGAAAGAAUCAAAACGAGCCACAUUUAAGUAGGUCUGAUUUGAAUGUCAGAAUGUGCUAUGUCUGGACCUUAUGGACAACUGCCACAAAUGUUCUGUUGAUUCUGUCAAUAAAGAAGACUUCAGCUUCCAGGAA